AUGCGUAGUCACGAUGCGAUGAAGAGUGAGGAGGCCAGCGAUGCCGCCUGGGAAGCAGCCAGAGGAGGUGUUAUAGGUGCUUUCAAGUGGGGAGUAGGCGCUGCAGUUCUGGGUGCUGCGGGAUACAUAUGGUCACCCUUGUAUCGGUCCAUGACGGUUCAAUUCAAAGUGUAUCUGCAAAUGUGUGGUAUGGUGCCAGGAGGCAUGAUCGAGGCAGAUUCACGACUCAGAGCAUAUGAGCAGCGAAUAAGGAUGGAGAGGAGGAUAAUGGGUGACAGGGCCAGAAGGCAGAGAUUUGAGGAAGAAUACAUUAAGGGCGAUGGCAAGUAA